UCUAUUGUUCGAGUCCCGGAGCGUUGACGCUGGUCCUCCCCGCUCAGCCUCCUCCGGUCGUCGCCAUGGUGCAGAUGAUGGAGUCGCAGUGCGAGUAUUUUAUGUAUUUCCCCGCGGUGCCCAUCACGGAUCUGUCGGAUCCGGCCCGGUACCGCACCCUGCCCCGCCGCAGUCACCUCUACCUGGGGGAGACCGUCCGCUUCCUCCUGGUGCUCCGAAGCCGGGACGCUGUGGCGACACCGACCGAGCACGGCCCCGAGGGCGCUGACGGCGGCGCCCCGGGCUUCGGGACGGAGUCGGCGAGCGGCCGGGCGUGGAGGGAGCUGGCCGGGUCUCUGUGCGCCGUGGCGAGCGUGAGUCCGGGCGAGAGCAGCCGUCACCGGGGCAACCAUCACCACGACUACCAGGGCAGCGGAGACGAGGCCAACGAGGACGGCGAGGAGGACUACAUCGCCGCCGCCGAGGCCGCCAUCGCAGCCCUCGGCAGCCGGGUGGACUCCCGGUGCCGGAGCUUCAGGGACUGCAAACCGCUGCUCAUCCACAACUCGUCCGGGACGGCGUCCAGGGAGUUCCGCAGGGCGCCCGUCCUGUCUCCUCUGGACGAGCCGGUGGUGUUGAUGGACGAGGUGAUCUUCCCGCUGACCGUCUCUCUGGACAAACUCCCGGUCAGCACCCUGAAAGUGAAGGUGAUGGUCACGGUCUGGAAACGUGAGGCGGAGAAAGCUGAGGUCCAGGAGCUCGGCUACCUGAGCGUCCUGCAGCAGCGCGAGCCGACACACACCUUCAGACACGACCUGAACACCUUCAAGGCUCAAGUGAGCACCACCCUGACCGUCCUGCCUCCGCCCACCGUCCGCUGUAAACAGAUGACGGUGUCUGGGAAGCAGCUCGUCGUCCUGAAAGUCCUGAACGAGUCUUCCCAGGAGGAGCUGAGUGUUCGGGACGUUCGUAUUCUGCCGAACCUGAACGCGUCCUACCUGCCGGUGAUGCCGGACGGAUCCGUCCUGCUGGUCGACAACGUCUGCCAUCAGUCCGGGGAGGUGGCGAUGGCGUCUUUCUGCCGUGUGGACAGUCUGUCCUGCCGCCUUCCCAGCAUGCUCAGCGCUCUGGAGGAGCACGACUUCCUGUUCCACCUGCACCUGAACGACACAAACCAGGACGAGUCCAACGAGGGACUGGAGGUUCCUCUGGUCGCGGUGCUGCAGUGGUCGACUCCCAAGAUGCCUUUCACCAACUGUAUCUACACACACUACAGGCUGCCCAGCAUCCGUCUGGACCGGCCGCGCUUCGUCAUGAUGGCGAGCUGCCCCAGCUCCGUCAAGGUCAAAGAGCACUUCAAGGUCAAAUACGUGCUGCUCAACAACCUGCAGGACUUCCUGGCCGUGCGGCUCGUCUGGACUCCAGAGGGUCGUGUCCAGGGCGAGGACACAGCGUUGUCCUCCGUCGUCUGUCACACUCCUCUCAGUAACCUGGGACACUGCAGGAAAGGAAGCACUCUGUCCUUCAGCGUCUCCUUCCAGAUCCUCCGACCAGGACUUUACGAGCUGAGUCAACACAUGAAGCUGAAGCUCCAGUUCACAGCGUCCGUCUCAAACCCGCCUCCGGACGCUCGGCCUCUGUCACGUAAAAACAGUCCGUCCAGUCCGGCGGUCCGAGACCUGCUGGACCGACACCAGGCCAGUCUGGGCCGGUCCCAGUCCUUCUCCCACCAGCAGCCGUCCCGGUCCCACAUCAUGAGGACGGGCAGCGCCAUGGAGCGGCGAGCCAUCACUCCCCCCGUGGGCUCUCCGGUCGGACGGCCCCUCUACCUCCCCCCCCAGGACAAGACGCUGCUGUCGCUGGACAAGAUCGCCAAGAGGGAGUGUAAGGUCCUGGUGGUGGAUCCGGUCGGCUAGAGGAGGAAGGUUUGGGAGGACGAGCAGGUGAAGAUGGAGGAGGGAGGGCGAAUGUAUUAUUGCUCCAGACUGGAAACAUCUGGAUUUUAUUAUGAAAUUUACCUCUGCAUCAUCACCUGGACCCUCCUCCAACCAAUCACAGACCUUUAAACCCGUCACAUGACUAACAGGUGACGUCCAGCUGUGGUCCAGUAUUUAACAGGAGAGUAAAGUAGCAGGAGGAGGUUUCCCUCCUGGAACUAUUCUGGCUCUAACUCAGAUAUUUCUUUAUUUGAGGUUUUGAAAAGAAAACGUCGUAAAUGUGAAAAGACUCUGGUUCAACCACCAGGCAGCAGAAACUAAAGUGUUUUAGUUUCAGUAUUAUCUUAUUUAUUAAAGGUCUGAGCCGACGACACGUUUGUUCUGGUUUGAAUCCGAUCAGUGAUUCAAUGAUGAAAGAUGAAAACAUCUUUAAUUAAAACCCUUCGUUCAGUUCACCAGGCUGAUAUUUAGAUUCAUCUGUUGUUUUCUUCUGUUUAUGAAGGUUUAGCUGCUGUGAUAUUUAUGUGAGCGAGACUUCACCGUACGAUACGUUAAAAUACAUCAGAUCAGUGAAAACUCACCGGACAAAAAACAACGUUUGUCCAAAUGAUCCAUUUCCAGUGUGUUCAAAACGUGACUUUUUAUUUUUAUUUUAAAACUGAUAUCAAGAACAUUCACAAUCAAUAGUGACGAUACUGAAGUUUCACGUUAGAUCGAAUCAUUUAUUUAUUUUCUGUGAUGUUAAAGUUUCCUGUCUGGAAUCAGGACACGUCAGAGAAACGAGCUCAACGAGAAUAAAACGUUCAUCGUCCAACAACCAA